AUGACGCACUUUACGACAGCAGCAAUGGAAAUUCCUGACCUCAAUCCAGAAGUACAGCUGCACGCGAUAAAAAGCGGCCUCAGGCCAGGAAAAUUCCAGGAAGCCAUCGCUGUAGUAAGACAAAAAACAUUAGAGGAAUUCCGAGAAAAGGCGAUGGGGCAAAUUAAAAUAGAAGAGCUCCACGAAACUCGAAGGAACGAGAGGCCAGCAUCCAGAAAAGAAGAAGAAAGACCAUACAGGUCCCAGAGCAGGGACUCCAAAAAGCCUUUCAGACUGGCCCCGAAGUUCGAUUCGUAUACCAAGUUCAACACUAAAAGGGAGGAUAUAAUCAAAGAGAUCAUCCACAGCAAACUCAUCAAACCACCAAGCCGAGCAGAUACAUACCAAGACCAAAGGUAUAUUGACAAAACGAAACACUGCGCCUUCCAUCAAAAGUUCGGACACACCACGGACGAAUGUGUCGUAGCCAAAGACAUGUUGGAAAGGCUAGCAAGGCAAGGAUUACUGGACAAAUACAUCGGCAGACAAAUCCAUAAGGAACAACCCGCCUCGGGUGAAGCAGAACACACGAAGGCAAGCGGCGAAAAAUCCCAAUGGCAGAAUAAUCAACUACCAAAGAAAGUCAUCAACUAUAUUUCAGGAGGUUUCGCGUGUGGUGGAGAAACAAGCUCGGCAAGGAAAAGAAGCUACCGAACCAUGUUAGCAGUCCAAAACGAGACGCUCUUUGACUUACCUACACCAAAAGUCCCUGAUAUCACAUUCACAAGCAGGGACUUUGACACUAAAACUCCCAACCUUAAUGACCCCGUAGUCAUCUUGGUAACAACAGGAGACCUCCUAAUUCGGAAAGUCUUGUUAUACCAAGGGAGCAGUGCCGACGUCAUGUUUCUAUCAACCUUCAAGAAGAUGCAGCUGAACAAAAAAGUGCUGCAACCGUCCUCCGGCAAGCUCGUCGGAUUCUUAGGGGAAAGGGUCCCUGUGACAGGUUAUGUAUGGGUGAAGACGACCCUAGGGGAACCUCCUCACUCAAAAACUUUAGACAUUCAAUAUUUAAUUGUCGAUUGUUUUAGUCCAUAUAAUAUCAUCCUAGGAAGACCUUCUUUAAAUACUUUCAGAGCCAUGGUCUCUACUAUUCACUUGUGUGUUAAGUUCUGUUCAGAGAAAGGAACCAUAGCAAUAAUCUAUUCGGAUAGGAAAGAAGCGAGGCAGUGCUACAACGCAGGACUCAAAGUACAACAGGCAACAAUGAGGAGAAUAAACUCGGUAUACAAUGCCAGUGACAUACCAGACCUCGCCGAGUUGGAUCCUCGGAUCCACCAUGAGCAAAGGCCAACACCAGCCGAUGAUCUGUAG